AUGUCAGGGGAUGAGUCAGAACCGAUUCAAAGCAGUGUGGAGCAAUCCACUGUUGAUGAGGGCAUGAAAAGCCUUCAUAUUUCCCUGGAAUUAGGUCGUCGCAAACGUGCAAGUAAACGGGAUACAACAAAAGUAAGACAUCAACUUGAAAAAUCAUUUAGUGUGUCAAAAGCAACGUUAAACAAAGAAGAGAUUGAGCAUAGAGUAGAGGAUUUGUGGUCGUCACUAGAAGAGACACAGAAUAUUAUGGAUGAAUUGUCUGUUUAUUACUUGGGGGAAAAAGACGGUGCAAAUCAAAAGGCGUUAAUGAAGGAAUCAAAUGAACUAGAACUGGAAUGUCAACAAGCGAUCGAAAAGGCACAGGACAGUCUGAUCUCAGGAUGUUUUGAAAGCAACACUACAGUCAGUCAAGACAAUGAUAAUGACGAGGUAACUAAUGGUACCAGUUCUACUGUGAGUAAUUUGAUGAACGAAGGACAGGCACAACCCACAAUGACCAGUAACACUGAACAACAAGCAGUGCAAGGCGCAAUCGAUCAAGGCGCAAUAGGAACUAGUAUGACACAGCAAACAGUGGAGCAGAAUCAAUCGAGUUCAUUAAGUCCAACACAUACACCAUCGUACACGGGAGGUUCAGUUCUAAACCGCCAUUUAAAACCACUAAGAGUACCUGACUACGAUGGAAAUAAAGCAAAGUUUGAAGAAUUUUGGAGCCUAUUUGAAAGUUUAGUCGACAAAUCGAACGAGCCAGUGCAUCUAAAGAUGGCAAGAUUGCGACAGAGUUUGUCUGGUCGAGCUUUGGAAGCGAUUCGUGGUUUAGGAAUAUCAGCACCCGAGUAUGAUGAAGCGAAAGAAAUAAUUCAGUCGAAAUUUGGUGGGCAGAGACGUCAAUUGAGAGGUUACAUGGAUGAAUUGAAGAAUAUGCCGACUAUGCGUAACAAUGAUGUUAAUGCCUUUGAAAAGUUUGCUGACCUAGUUAGGGUGACAGUUGCGAAAUUGAGAGCUGAGAAUCGAGAAUCAGAAUUAGGAGAAGGAACUUUGCAUCGACAGCUUGUGAAGAAAUUAUCGGAUCGACAGUUGGAAAGUUAUAGUCGAUGGUUAAGCACUCACAGCAAGGAACAGUCUGUUAUAUGCUUGUGUGACUGGUUGAAGGAAGAGGUGACUAUUAAAGUGGAAGCUGCAGAAAUGGCGUAUGGUCUGGAGCAGAAAUAUGCUGAGUCAAAGGGAUACCAAAACAAGGGUGAAAAGCCAAGAUUUCGGUCAUACCGUACUGGAAAGCAGGGAAGCUAUGAGUCAUACCAACCAAAUAUGUCGGGAAACGCAGUGGAUACAAAGCCGCCUUGUGUAUUUUGUGGUCGUACUGGGCAUGGUAUCUGGAGUUGCCACCAGUUUCAACAAAGACCAGUAUUAGAUCGCUGGAAAACUGCUAAAGAGAAACAGUGA